CAGCCAGAAAUUUACAAAUAUGAGCGACCCUGAAGCGAGUACCAGCGAAAGUAAACCUGUAGUGGUUUAUAUCGUACCAACAAGAAUUCAAAAGAAGCGUUUAAAGGAUAUCAAAUCUGCAGCCAGGCGGAAAAAACUAUCAGUUGUGGAGUCAUUCUGUCCAAAAGUGACACAUAUAGUGAGUGAGCUGGACAACAGAUAUAAAGUUGCACGCAAACUUAAGAUUGUGGAUUAUUCUAUAUUAAAAGGAAUAGAACUUCUUCGUCUGACAUGGUUUACAGCUUGUAUUAAAAAAGCUGAAAUAUUACCAGUAGAAGAUGAGCACAGAAUACCAGAACCCCCUCCAGAGGCAGAAAGUGCACCUCCCAUAGAAAGCUUGCCACAGAUCACUACUACAGAAUGGGCAUGUCAGCGUGCCACACCCCUCAGACAUUUCAAUGAGAUAUUCUGUAAUGCACUGGAGGUUCUACAAAUGAAGGCAGAAUUCAUAGACAGUGGCCAGGAUCAUUUACGCUCAUUGGCUUUCCGCAGGGCCUCGUGUGUUUUAAAAUCACUGCCAUUCAUGAUAACGAAUGUAAAACAGGUGAAAGGACAGAAAGAUAUUGGGGGCCAUAGUAGACAAGUCAUCAAGGAGAUCCUUGCAGAGGGAUUUGCUACGGAAGUAGAAGAAACAUUAAAAGAUCCUUGGUUUCAGAAAGUGAAGAUUUUCUCCACAAUAUUUGGGGUGGGUCCAGCUACAGCCAAGAUCUGGGUGGAACAGGGUGUGAACACUGUUGCAGAGGCUUUAGUAAAGUGUGAACGUAAAAACUGGAUGGUUCAGUGGGGAUUGGCCUUCCAUGAUGAUUUGAAAGAACAGGUUCAGUUAAUUGAAGCAGAGAACUUGACUGCUGUGAUUAAAGCUGAGGCAGAGAGGAUCCUACCUGGGGUUAUUGUAACACUGACUGGUGGAUUCCGAAGGGGUAAGUCAGCUGGCCAUGAUGUUGAUCUGCUGUUCAGUCACCCAGAGGAAGGCAAAGAGGUGAACUUUUUACCCAAGUUGCUUACACAACUGGAGCAGAGGUCACUGAUUCUGUGCGGUAAGCUAGAGAAGAGUUCCUAUGGUGACCGUGUUUUGUCACGUGACUACAAUACCAAGGGACACAUGGAUCACUAUGAGAAAUGGAUUGGACUUAUGAAGCUACCUAAACGCUUCUGUCAUGAAAAAAUUAACCCCAGUGAAUACAGGUUUCUCAUGUCAAAUAAUGCCCCAGUUCGCGGCAUUGAAACCUGUACAGCUGAUGACUAUGAACCACACAGCAAGAAACAAAGACUGUGUGAAGGGGAGCCUACUCCGCUCUCCUUUGCCACAGCACCCCGCACAUGGAUUGCUCGCAGAGUUGACCUUGUCAUUGCCCCCUACAGCAUGUAUCACUAUGCCCUGUUAGGUUGGACUGGUAGUAAACAGUUCAACCGUGACAUCAGAUUAUAUUCACAGAAGACACUCAACCAGAAACUAACCAGUCACGGAUUAUGGAAUUUUGAACAGAAUAAAAAGCUGCCAGCAGCUAGUGAAGAGGAGAUAUUUCAGCAUCUGAACCUCUCCUACCUAAAACCAUCCGACCGGAACUGUUGAGUUAAGCAACUGCUGAUGUAAAUAUUCUGUUGUUCUUAAAACUUAGGAUGAAACUUAUUGUAGAAGUGCAUGUAUAAGAAACAUAUAUCAUUUUAGGGUAGCCAUACAUCUCAACAUAUAUGUUUAUUAGCUGUGUAAUGAGACCACUGUAUAUAAUGACCCACAUGCUAGAGUGACCACUUACGAUGGACCUCACUGUACAUAUGACUUUCUCACAAGGACUGAGUAUUCCAAAAUAUCUACUGUUCUGACACCAGAAAAGUAGCUGAGGAUAUCAAAUUUACAAUGUUCUAAGCUUCUUGACUCUGUGUUAUGAUUUUUUUCUCAAGUGUUGUGAAAAAACAAAUAAUUUUUCAGAUAUAAUGUUUGAUUUUUUUUAUUUCAUGCAACUGAUAUUUCACUGUUAUCCCACUAGUACUCUGGGAUUUAAUUUGGUGCACAUCUACACAUAUUACCUAUGUAUCCAGGUAUUCUAAAUAUGUUUUCAGAGAUUUUGACACAUUGUAAAAUAUAUUUCAUGUCACACUCUCUUUAAUGGCUGUGAAUGAACACAACUUCUCCAUGUUGAGGUAACAUAAACUAACUUCAGCUUUAACAUAGUAGUGAAAACGAUUCAUACAAAAUUGUGAAAAGGACAACCUAAUCAAAUAUACAUUAAAAACACUCAAAUUUUGAUUAAGCUGAAACAGAGAUGUACUGUUGUCACCAUUUUUAUUGUCUCAUCAUUUUUUUUAAUUAGUGUCAGGAUAAAGCUGAUUUUUUUUUCAGAAAUGAUUCAUUUUUAUAGAUAUGACCUUUUUAUUGAUCCAGAAAAUUGACCAAUCACAAGGCAGCGCUUUGAUUGCCUUUCAGAUGUUAUUGAUUACUCAUAGGUGAUUGGCCAGGCAUUGUUCCCGUGUUCUCAUUAAAAUAAAAUUGAGAUGUAGAUAAGGUGUUUGUUAAUGUUUUUAGGAGUAACUGUUUGUUUGUGGUGUUUGUUAGGGGUUGUGAAAGAUGGACAGGAAAUCUAGGUUGAAAAUGUAAAUGGAAAUUAUAGUAGUGUGGACAGAUUUCUUUUCUUAUCAAAGCAAAAAUAUAUUUCAAUUUAAAAAGAAGCAGUCUGAGAACUUUUUGCCUUUACCAUGAAAUAGUCAGGAACACAUGGCUUUCGCCUCAUCUAUCAAUCAAUUUGUCACUAUUGUUAAUUUGUACAUUUAAACUCAUUGUUCAGUAAGUAACUGUGUAGAUGCCUUAUCAUGGAGGUAAUUAAGGUCAUCAUGUUAUCAGAUUGAACUGUGUACAAUAAUGACAAUUUCAUAGAUAGUUUUAGCAUAAAAAGUAGCUUGUAUAUGAGCUGGAAUGGACUGUUUGAAGUUUUUCUUUGAUUCUUAAUUGCUAUUCAUUUCCAUCAAAAUCUAAAGCUGAAGCAGAUAUGUAUAAUUUAGUCAUAUUAUAUUUUAACAUUUAGCUUUAUGGAAUCUGUUUUUGUUUUUAAAUUAGACUUGCUGCUAAGAUUAAGUUUUACUUCCAAAAAUACCAUAUACCAGAGUUUUUACAUUGUUUUGUCAGGGGGUGGGGGACAAUUUCCAGAACAUAGUUUUUGAGCUGAAACUACACUAGUGUAGUUGUGUUGUUUGAUGUAUAUAUUAAUCCUUUGUUAGAUGUCUUACUGAAAUUAUGAUGAAAUCAAAUUUAUUGAUUAUAUGUACCAACAGAACUAGAAUUAUGAUGUAUAAAAUUGUCUUACAAAUGUUGGUUCAUGUGUAUCUAACCUUCAGAAUUAAAAAAAUCCUUAGAGACAAAUCUUGUCAGAAAUGACUUACUUGUAAACCAUGUACAAACAGCAAAUGUUGGUUCAGUGAAUUUUUCGAAAUCCCAAAUUGUGCAGAUGAUUUUUGCUGUAGCUGAAAUUGGACUUCACAAAUGAAUAAACAUUAUCAAUGUUA